UCCUGGACUGUCCGCGUGAUUUUGAGCGAGUGCUGCAGAGCGGUCUGCUGUAGGGAGCUGGCGAAGUCUGGGGAGUCGUCCUGGGGAUCGGGGUGCCUCGGUGGACCCUCGGGGCCCCGCGGAGGCCUGAGGCAGAGUCACUGAAGUUAUUGUGAAAUUAGUUCCAGACUCCUGACCUUUGGAUAACAGUGCACUUAUAUGAAACCAUGGCUGGCUAUAAACCUGUAGCGAUUCAAACUUAUCCUGUACUUGGUGAGAAAAUCACCCAAGACACUCUGUACUGGAACAACUAUAAGACCCCUGUUCAGAUUAAGGAAUUUGGUGCAGUGUCCAAAGUAGACUUUUCUCCUCAGCUUCCAUAUAACUAUGCGGUCACAGCUUCUUCGAGAAUCCACAUUUAUGGCCGGUACUCUCAAGAGCCUGUAAAAACCUUUUCCCGUUUUAAGGACACAGCAUAUUGUGCGACUUUUCGACAGGAUGGUCAGUUGCUUGUUGCUGGCAGUGAAGAUGGUGUAGUUCAACUUUUUGAUAUAAGUGGGAGGGCUCCCCUCAGGCAGUUUGAAGGCCACACAAAAGCAGUUCAUACAGUAGAUUUUACAGCUGACAAAUAUCAUGUGGUCUCUGGAGCUGAUGACUAUACUGUUAAAUUAUGGGAUAUUCCAAACUCUAAAGAAAUUCUGACGUUCAAAGAACAUUCUGAUUACGUGAGGUGCAGCUGUGCUAGCAAACUGAACCCAGACCUUUUUGUAACAGGAUCAUAUGAUCAUACUGUGAAGAUAUUCGAUGCUCGGACAAGUAAGACUGUUCUCUGUGUGGAGCAUGGGCAGCCAGUGGAGAGUGUCCUGCUUUUCCCCUCAGGAGGGCUUCUGGUGUCUGCAGGAGGCCGCUAUGUUAAAGUCUGGGACAUGUUAAAAGGAGGACAGCUGCUUGUGUCUUUGAAAAAUCAUCACAAGACUGUGACAUGUUUGUGUCUGAGCAGCUCUGGACAGAGGUUACUCUCCGGCUCACUGGAUAGGAAAGUGAAAGUCUACAGCACCACUUCCUACAAAGUCGUCCACAGCUUUGACUACGCAGCUUCAAUCUUGAGUCUGGCACUUUCUCAUCAAGAUGAGACGAUAGUUGUGGGAAUGACCAACGGAAUACUGAGUGUUAAACACCGGAAGUCUGAAGCAAAGAAUGCGUCUCUUCCGAGGCGAAGGAGGCCUGCGUAUCGAACCUUUAUCAAAGGGAAAAACUACUUGAAGCAACGGGAUGACAUCAUGGUCAGUAGGCCAGCAAAGAAGCACCUAGAGGGGUACGACAAGGAUCUGAAAAGUUUUCGGGUCUCACAGGCCCUCGACAGAGUCCUGGAGCCUAAAUGUGUGAUAAAGACCCCUGAGGUUACAGUUUCCAUCAUAAAGGAACUGAAUCGGAGAGGCGUCCUUGCCAACGCUCUUGCAGGUCGGGACGAGAAGGAGAUUACCCAGGUCCUUAACUUUUUGAUAAGGAAUCUGUCUCAGCCGAGGUUCGCCCCUGUUUUGAUUAAUGCUGCUGAGAUCAUCAUUGAUAUAUAUUUACCUGUGAUUGGCCAGUCAUCAGUAGUUGAUGAAAAGUUUAUAGUACUUCAAGAACUUGUAGAAAAAGAAAUUGAUUACCAAAGAGAACUCCUAGAGACCUUGGGGAUGAUGGACAUGCUAUUUGCUACCAUGACACGGAAUGACAGCGACCCUGUGUCAGAGCAUGUGCCUGCUGAACUCCCAGAGGAGAAUUCAGAGUCACCAACGCAGCCCAGCGACACGGACAAGAACUCCUAACUGGGUGUUGUUUGACUCUAUUAUGGAGAAGAAGGCAGCUUCAGUACACUCAAAGGAUAAUUAAGAGAAGUUUUAUGGAAGAGACUGGAUUAAUUAAAAUUGGGACAUAAGUACCUGCUUCAAGAUGUGGUUUUCCAUGUAUUGAUUUAUUUUAUGUCGCCUUCAGCUAGAAGAUCUGAGUUGACUUGGUCACACACAGUGUCUGUUGACCCUGGAUGUGUUAAUUCUGACCUUAAUGGAGCCAAAAUCUCAGUUGCUGUGGGGCCUCGUGGCCCUCUGGAGAGGUUUCCAAGCGGACAGAGUCCUGCCAAGUGAACAGAGCCCCGAUUUUGUUUCCUGCUUCUAGCCUGGGAAAUACCAAGAGCAAACAGCAACAACAAAGCAUCCAUCGCUGUCCCCAGUGUCCUGGGGAGCUUCCCAUCCUCUCCUGUCUCUUCAGAGUCUUGAGUCAUAUGCCUUCCUCAGCUGCUUGUGGGACUGCCUUCCAAGUGUGGCGGAUCACUGAAUAUUGCCCCUGGAAGUGCGGUUAGGGUGUGAUGAGUCUGUUUUGUCACCUAAAAAUUGUGCCCUCCACCAGUGUUUUCUUUAGCCUUGUGUGUCCAGAGAGCUCUGACUGAACCAAUUCCCGCCCCUCAGCCUGCUGCCUUCCGUCCGUCUUCACCGUGCUUUGGUUGUCCUCUCCUCUACAGUAAAGGCCUUUCAGCCUGCCCAUGUGCAAAGUGUAUCACGAAUAUGUAACCCUCCAUAACGAUUCUCUUAUCUGUACUUGACAUUUCUUUUUCUCUGUCCUUCACUUUCUGGGUCAGACUCAAACAGCAGCAGUUUGCUUUGAAAAUUUAUGUCUCUGAAGUUCAUUGUAAAUUAUAUUUUUUUAUAAAGAGAUUCUUUUCUUCUUGGCUUUCUGAGGUAUAUCAGUUCCUGAUGGACAGUCAGUGGCUUUGACCAGCAUACUGACUGCACGGCUGUGACUUCCCUGCCUUCCUUCAGUCACCCCACUUAGGUUAAUGAAUGUCUGGUGAUGGAA